AGAAAGAAAAACAAAUCUCUCUCUCUAAUUUUUAUCGAGCAAAUUAUUUUUUAUUUUUGAAAUUGACAAAAAUCGAAGUCCAUAAUCUCUCCACCCCUUCAAUAAAUAAGUAAAUAACUAAAAAAACCCUCACAAUUCGAGCAUUUUUAUCAUCAUCUCCAAUGUAGAAGCCUUUUUUCAUGAUUUAACAAAAAAGAAAAAUAAAAAUGGCAGUGUCGAAUUUGAAUCUGACGCCGACCAUUCUUUCAUCUUCUUCGUGUCGUUGCUGUUAUUGUCAUUUUAACCAGAAAAGUGAUUGCUCUCUUCUUUGUUUAGGUUUUGUUAAGAAAACAAUUUCUGUUUCUAGGGUUUUGAGGAAGCCUGUUUUUGAAUCUAGCAACAAGUUGAUUUUCAAUGCCACUACUGAUACUCGCAUCCUUCACAAUGUCGCCGCUACGACGAAGGCCACAACCACCGCCACUGUUGAAAUCCCUGUCACCUGUUAUCAGCUGGUUGGUGUUCCUGAUAAAGCAGAGAAAGAUGAGAUUGUUAGGUCAGUGAUGCAAUUGAAAAAUGCUGAAGUAGAAGAGGGUUAUACCAUGGAUGCUGUUAUGUCUCGGCAGGAUCUUCUAAUGGAUGUAAGGGAUAAGCUUCUUUUUGAACCAGAAUAUGCUGGGAAUGUGAGGGACAAGAUCCCUCCUAAAUCCUCUCUACGUAUUCCAUUGGCUUGGUUGCCUGGUGCUCUUUGCCUACUUCAAGAGGUUGGAGAAGAGAAGUUGGUGCUGGAUAUUGGCCAAGCAGUGCUCCAGCAUCCAGAUGCCAAGCCAUAUGUUCACGAUGUGCUUCUAUCCAUGGCAUUGGCCGAGUGUGCAAUUGCAAAGAUUGGUUUUGAGAGGAACAAAGUGUCAUUUGGAUUUGAAGCUCUUGCUCGUGCUCAGUGUCUUCUGAGGAGUAAAAUCUCACUUGGCAAGAUGGCAUUACUAUCUCAGAUAGAAGAAUCCCUGGAGGAGCUUGCACCUGCUUGCACAUUGGAAUUAUUAGGCACGCCUCACUCUCCUGAAAAUGCAGAACGGAGACGAGGAGCAAUUGCAGCCUUGCGUGAAUUGCUCAGGCAGGGCCUUGAUUUGGAAACAUCAUGCAGAGUCCAAGACUGGCCAUGUUUUCUAAGCCAAGCACUUAACAGACUCAUGGCUACAGAAAUAGUUGAUCUUCUUCCUUGGGAUGAUUUAGUCCUCAUUCGCAAGAAUAAGAAAUCACUUGAGUCACAGAAUCAAAGGGUUGUGAUCGAUUUCAAUUGUUUUUACGUGGCGCUUUUAGCUCAUAUUGCUCUUGGUUUUUCUAGCAAGCAAACAGAAUUGAUCAACAAAGCAAAAACUAUAUGUGAGUGUUUGAUAGCAUCGGAGAGUAUUGAUCUAAAAUUUGAAGAAGCUUUCUGCUUGUUUCUGCUUGGACAGGGCAAUCAAGACCAGGCAGUUGAAAAGCUUCAGCAGCUACAAUCAAAUUCAAAUCCUGCUGCACAGAAUUUAGUCCCAGGAAAGGAGAUAAAAGAUGUCUCUGGUGUAAAACCAUCAUUGGAAACAUGGCUGAAGGAUUCUGUGCUUCUUGUCUUUUCGGAUACUAGAGACUGCUCUCCUUCAUUGGUGAAUUUUUUUGGUGGUGAAAAGAGAGUUAUUGGAAGCAAGAAAAGUAGAGUACCUGCACAAGCCACUCAUACUAUUUCCCAUCGACCACUGUCUGAUAUUGCUAUGAAGCGAAUGGAUUUUGGGGAAUCACGUCCAUAUAUGAACUCUUCCCAACAUUUCAGGUCUGCUGUAAAGCAGUUGUCUCCAACUGAUUUGCAAAGCUCAUUGAUCUUGACUGAGAAUGGCAGUGGAAGCAACAGUAAUGAGCCAUCAGUUCAAUUGAAGAGAGAGAUUGGUGCUCACAAUAGAAGAACUUGGGAAAGUUGGUUACAACAUGCAGAUGUAGUUAGAAAGAUAAGUUUUGUUGCGGUAUUGGGGUGCAUUGUGUUUAUUACUUUUAAAAUGUCAGGCAUGGGUUUAAGAAGGAUAAGAGUUGCAUCUAAUCUGAUCUCUGAUAGAACUAGUAUUGGCACAAGUUCCCUUGCCUGGAAAACGGAUUCUUCUCUUGAUCGCAAUGUUCACCCUGUUUAUAUUAGAGGAAGUGGUAUUACUGGAAGAAUGAGAAAGCUGUUGUCCAUGCUUAAAAUGCAGUAUGGAAACCAGCUUGAUACUAAAAAAUUGCAAAGUUCAAGGCUUGCUGCUAGUAUAUCACCUUCUAUGGAAACUGUAUCUAGGAAGCAAAUGCCUUUGGAAGAAGCUGAAGCUCUUGUUAAUCAUUGGCAGGCAAUUAAAGCUGAAGCUCUUGGUCCUUGGUACCAAGUUCACAGCCUCUCUGAAGUCCUUGACGAGUCCAUGCUUGCCCAGUGGCAAGAUUUAGCUGAAGCAGCCAAAGCACAGUCUUGUUAUUGGAGAUUUGUUUUGCUGCAACUGUCCAUUCUGCGAGCUGACAUUUUCUCAGAUGGAUAUGGCUUGGAGAUUGCUGAAAUUGAAGUUCUCCUUGAGGAAGCAGCAGAGCUUGUUGAUGAAUCUCAGCAGAAAAACCCAAACUAUUACAGCACCUAUAAAACCCUUUAUGUUCUAAAAAGGCAAGAUGAUGGUUCAUGGAGGUUCUGCGAAAGUGAUAUUCAAACAUCAUCUUGAUAUCUAGUCAGGUUGUGGAAAGCGUGAGUUGACAAUAAUUUACCAGUGUCCUAACCUAUUUUCUCCGUCAUCUACCUUUAACUCGUGGAGGAUGUCUGCAAAAUUGUAAAUGAAUAGGGUGGCAAUAACAUUUUCAAUAGAGUGGAAUAGUUGUACCGGAUGCUUUGAUAGGAAAUUAAAUUAAUUUUUUUACAUA